AGGGAGCCUUUUAGGCCUAUGCGGAGGGAGGCAGGCUGGGCUACCCGUGGUCGUCCCCUUCCUGCCGCCGCCGCCGCCGCCCAUGGCUCUCCGCCGCGCCAUCGGAUCCCUUGUCGUUCGUUCCCAGGCCUACUACCUGCGCCACGCCGCCGCCUCACCCCCGCCGUCCUUCAGCCGCCCGAUCAUCCCCUACCGGUCCUUCGCCGCUCCGCCUCAGCACGUAUACCCCCUCCCUCUAGUGCCCCAGGCCAGCUUUCCUUCUUCUUACCAUCCGUGUUGUGCUCGACAGGUCAAGAAGGUCACGAAGGACGAUGACGACGAUGCCGGCCCCAGGAUCAACAACGACAUCACCGCUCCCUUCCUCAGGCUCGUCACCGAUGAAGGGCAUAGUGUUGUCCCCAGGCAUGAGGCUCUUCAGCUCGCUGCCAGGAUGGGCUUGGACUUGGUUGAGGUCCACAGAAAAACAGACCCUCCUGUUUGCAAGAUCAUGGACUUUCACAAAGAGAAGUAUAACAAAGAUGUCAAGGAGAAAGAACGCUUAAAAACCAAGUCUGCUAUUGUCUUGCGUGGUGGAGAUAACAAAGAAGUGCGGUUUAAGGCGAAAACAGAAAUUAAAGACUUGAAGGUGAAAGCAGAUGCAAUUACCAGACUAAUGGAGCGUGGUUACAGGGUGAAGUGCAUGGCAAUGCCCGCAGGUAAUGAAGCAGAAGAUUUAGGCGGACCGCUAUCUCGGCUGUUAGGACUUAUACAAGAUGUCUGUAUUGUGGAAAGUGGGCCACAUUUGGACUCCAAGCAUGCAUAUGUUAUUGUCAGGCAUGUGAAGUUUGCAACCAAGAAAGGCGGAAAGAAAGCUAGCAAGGCCAUGGAAGACGCGGGCAAAGGCACCCCCCACAACACUGCCUCUGAAUCACCAGCCACUGCUACUGAUAGUGGGGACAAGACAAGUGAACAUGGUUUGGAAGUUGGGGAUGUUGGCAAAACGCCAGCCUAUCUCUCUCGUGAAUCUGUGGUGCAAAAAGAAAGGCAAGAUAGAGGCGUUGGAGGCAGGAACCGCGAUAACAUGGACAACAUGAGUGCUGUAGGAAACAGGAUUAACCGUGGUCAGGGGGGAUCACAAUCAUCCGAUCGUGGACUCGGUUGUAGGAGUGGAAAUUCUCACAUGGAAAAGCGAGAGAAGACUAAUCAGGAUAUGGCACCUGAGCAAACCAACAGGUAUGCCAGCCGUAGACAGCAGAUGGGAGGCGACAACCAAGGCAGACCCCUGCAGGACCCGAGAAGAAAUGAAAAUGAAGGUCGCCACCGGUUCAACGACAAUCAAAGGCCUUUUGAACAGCCUAGCCCGCUAUCGCCAAGGUUCAGCCAAGGCAGACCCCCACAGGACCCGAGAAGAAAUGAAAAUGAAGCCCGCCACUGGUUCAACGACAACCAGAGGCCUUUGGAACAGCCUAGCCCGCCAUCGCCAAGGUUGAGCCAAGGACGACCCCCACAGGACCCGAGAAGAAACGAGAGAGGAAGCCAUGUCCCAUCGAAUAACAACCAGCCGCGAUGACUCCAACAAUCGAAUCAGAACAGUGGACCAUUAGCAGGCCGGGCCGGACGCAGGGAGUCCGACUCCGACAGCCAGGAGUUUGGGCGUCCUCAGCAGCCGAACGCCAGCCACAACAUCCGAGCCGAAGAAGGCAGAUGGCGUGUCCGCUGCUGGUAAACCUUCUGACCCCGGUCCGUCCAAAAGCUUUGGAAUAUUUAGUACUCCCUGAAAGUGAUUCCGGUGAUAAAAAAAAGGUCGUGAAAAAAGACGAGUAAGUUCUGUGGCGAAGUUUGCAGAGCAAAUAUUAUUCCGCUUGUGGGGGUGGAGUUCUCCGUGGCGUCUAUUGAGAAUGUUUGUGAUUGCUGCUUCAACAAGGCCUGUUUAUGAGCAGCAAGUGGCUGUUUUUGGCCACCAUUUUUGUCGUUAUUAUUUAUUUGUUUCGAAUAAUCCUUAAUUAUCCCCAUCAUCGAUCCUUUGCAUAAAAAAGAACAUUGGACAUGAGCCCAUGCAUACAUGUA